AGCAGUAUACAGCUCAUGCUUAGCUCUCCUACUAUGUGCUAAGGCCGGAUUACAUAAUCCCAACCCGCUCAAAGAUUUUGUCAUCUGAUCAUCCAAAGUCUCAAUCUUUUCUCCAACCGUAUUCUCUAAAUCGUUCACCGAUGAGUUUUGGGAAGAAAGAGUACGAGUUCUUGAAGGUGAUCGGCAUCGGCCCUCGUACUCCUGGCUGUUAUAUCAACGGCCAGUGGAAGGGAAAUGGCGCUCUUGUUUCCUCCGUAAAUCCCGCCAGCAAUCAGACCAUUGCAGAAGUCCUCGAGGCAUCACUACAAGAUUACGAAGAUGGCAUGCAAGCAUGUUAUGAGGCUGCUAAGUUAUGGAUGCAGGUUCCAGCUCCAAAGAGAGGUGAUAUUGUUAGGCAGAUUGGUGAUGCAUUAAGAGCAAAACUCCAGCAACUUGGUCGGCUUGUAUCACUUGAAAUGGGGAAAAUACUUGCUGAAGGAAUAGGGGAAGUUCAAGAGAUCAUCGAUAUGUGUGACUUUGCUGUUGGAUUGAGUCGGCAGCUAAAUGGAUCAAUUAUUCCUUCAGAACGUCCAAAUCAUAUGAUGUUUGAGACGUGGAACCCUCUCGGAAUAGUUGCCGUUAUUACUGCUUUUAACUUCCCUUGUGCUGUUCUAGGAUGGAAUGCGUGCAUAGCUCUGGUUUGUGGCAACUGUGUUGUCUGGAAAGGUGCUCCAACUACCCCCUUGGUCACCAUAGCCAUGACCAAAAUAGUUGCUGGGGUGUUGGAGAAAAACAAUUUACCAGGUGCAAUUUUCACCACCUUUUGCGGCGGUGCUGAAAUUGGGCAGGCCAUAGCUAAAGAUGCACGUAUUCCUUUGGUUUCAUUUACAGGGAGUUCAAAGGUGGGUCUAAUGGUUCAACAGACAGUGAAUCAGAGGUUUGGUAAAUGCUUGCUUGAACUAAGUGGAAAUAAUGCUAUAAUCGUUAUGGAUGAUGCUGACAUCGAACUUGCUGUUCGCUCGGUUCUUUUUGCUGCUGUUGGUACAGCUGGCCAGCGCUGUACUACAUGCCGUAGACUGCUUCUUCAUGAGAGCUUAUAUGCCAAAGUACUUGGCCGACUUCUUGAUGUGUACAAACAAGUUAAAAUAGGGGAUCCAUUAGAGAAAGGCACACUUCUUGGGCCACUUCAUACUCGCACUUUGAAGGAGAACUUUGAGAAGGGAAUUCAGAAUAUCAAAUCUCAGGGAGGAAAGAUCCUGACUGGUGGUUCAGUAAUAGAAUCUGAAGGAAACUUUGUGCAGCCCACUAUAGUUGAAAUUUCUCCUGAUGCUGAUGUAGUGAAGGAGGAACUAUUUGCUCCUGUUCUCUAUGUUAUGAAAUUUCAGACGCUGAAGGAAGCUAUAGAAAUAAACAACUCAGUACCUCAAGGACUAAGCAGUUCCAUUUUCUCCCGCAGGCCUGAGGUUAUAUUCAGAUGGAUUGGACCUGCAGGAAGUGAUUGUGGGAUUGUGAAUGUUAAUAUACCAACAAAUGGUGCUGAAAUUGGUGGUGCAUUUGGUGGUGAAAAAGCUACAGGGGGAGGGCGAGAGGCUGGAAGUGAUUCUUGGAAACAGUAUAUGAGACGCUCAACCUGCACAAUCAAUUAUGGGAGCGAAUUGCCACUGGCGCAGGGAAUCAACUUCGGUUGAAUUUACAACCUCGGCGCAGCUCGGGGCCCCCACUCAAAAGGCGACUGUAGUAUCAGGCGCGAUCGAACGUUAUGAAUAAUUAAAAUCCUUCAUGUCGUAGUUCCUUUGAUUUCAAUUAGUUGGAGGGGGCGCCCUUUAUUUUGCCCCUUACCCCGCCGUCUAUGCGGGUCCAUAUCCCAAGCCAUUGGAAGAAAAGAACCAUCUGGCAAAAUCUCAAACUAUGUUUAUAAGCUGGAGAAUAUUAUUGAUUUCUUUUCUCCUGCUUUUGGUA